GAUAGAACACUUAGAUUCUGAAGAUCUGGCCAAGUUUCCUGAAGUCGUAUUUGGGUACUUUUCUCCUGGCAUGGUUGUCAUCAGCACACCAAACUCUGAAUUCAAUCCCCUGUUUCCAGCAUCAACCUUUAGAGAUCCAGAUCACAGAUUUGAGUGGGACAGAACGCAAUUUCAGACGUGGGCUUUGGAUGUGGCAAAACUGUACAAUUACUCCGUAGAGUUCACUGGUGUGGGGGAUCCGCCAGUAGGAGCUGAGCAUGUUGGAUACUGUACCCAGAUAGGGGUCUUCCAGAAAAGCAUAGCAAAGGCGACUGAAUGCAGCAUUUCCGAGCCAGAGGAACACGUUCCAGAGGAACACGUUUAUGAAGUUGUUUACACCACCUCAUACCCGAGUUUACAGCAAAGCAAAUACUUCCGGCUUACUCUGAGUAGUGAGUCAGUCAAAGCAGUCGGCUUAAUGAAAAGCAGGUUUCUCCGGGGUCCGAGGAAAAGAGAGGGCAAUCGAGUGGUACCACUUGGCAGUUGUACCCCACAGUUUGGACUAACAGAAGCUCAAAGGGCCAAAAUAGAGCAGUCCCCCAAACCUUACAGUGUGGGAGAGAAGUUCUAUGUACCCCUGGAAAGACUCAUUAUUUAUCCGAAGGUGAACCACUUGGUGGCCGGUAAUAUGGAGAAGCUGAGAACAGUACUUGCUGAGGGACUUCGACUGAACGGAGAUCAAAGUGCAGUGCAGGUGGAGUUGGUUGAUUACCAAACACAACGCCUCUUUGAUGAACAUUUAAUCAGCCCUGUGCUGGAGUCGUAAGUUUGGGCAACUUGGUUUUGAAUUUCUCUAACCUUGUUUUUCAUAUGCUUUUUGCAGGGGUGGAGAGGGUGCAAAAUGCGCUUGUUCAUGUUUCUGUUAGACCCAGUUGGAUGUGACUUUAAACAUUCUUAAAGCAAAUUGGAUUGUCAAAUAAAACCUUUU